AUGCGUAAACAAACAACGAAAUGGUGUUUAAUUGAAGGCGAAAACAGUGAGAAACAACAGGUCUGGCGAUCGGUGUUUAAAAGGAAUAUGUCAGAAGAUCAAAGUAGUAAAAUUGGAUUAUUAGGUCCACCAUUGAACAAGGAAAUUUUAGAAAUCUGGGAGAAGUACAGUCAGCCUGCUGCAGUCAGAAAAAUUCAAGAAGAGUUUGAAGUGUUGCGAUCAUCACCUGAAUCAUGUCUCAGAGUGAAGAUGUUUCGUUUAAGUCAGAAAUGCCAGAAGUUAAGAAAACAAAAGCGGGAUGGUGAAUUGCGUUCUAUUUUGCAAUCGGGUUUUCAUGCACCUGAAAAAAAGAUCACUGAAGAUGUAACGCUUGCAGAUGAAAGCCAAAUAAGACAAGUGCAAGAUGCUGCAAGGAAAGUUGUUCAGGAGAACCACAAGUUGAAGAGAGAAAUAGAACAUGUUUAAGAUACAAAUGAAAACCUUUCUUUUCAAAUUGAACUUUUUGGAUAGUCUCCCGGAUCCGAAUGACCUGCUGAAGAGUGUAGCCUUUGACAUUCAGGAACAAGUUUUUUUGAGCAGUGUUAGAGCACUAGGAAUUAUAGACAAACUAAUAACAGGGCCCUUCUGGAGAGAAAUUGAACGCAAAAGAAACAUCUUAGACCUGAAUCCCCUAUUAGAGGUCCUUCAACUGAAGUUAGAAGAAUAUUCAAAAAACUCAUCUGCACUGCUUAAAGGAGAAACACCAUUCCCAGAUGAAAUGCUGGCGAAAGAUGAGGUGUACCAUUCACUCUUCGAAUUUGAAAAUGCAACGAUUGAGACAUAUACUCAAAUGGCAUUAGAGCUUGCCACAGGGGGCAUGCUCCUUAUUCUUGAACGACAAGUGAAAGACCAAUUAAAAGGUGGCAAAUAUUACAGCCCAGACAACAAUGAACGACUGAGAGCGGCAGCAGUCCCAACUACAAAUUCAUGCUCGGAAAGAGAUUUUGCACAGCUGGAUGUCCUUAUGAGAUUGAAGCCUGCUGCAUCAAUUGAAUGCCUCGAAAGCAUAAUAAUGUGGACCAACAAUGAAACUUCAGCAUAGCUUGCAGAUAAAACAAAGGCUGAACGGGAAGAUAUAAUUGAACAAGCCAGAAAAGACACUGAACAAAUGCAGUUAAAAAUCAAACAGAAAAGAAACAAACUGAUGUCUGAGAAGCUUAAAAAAUUACAAGAAAAACAGGACAGAAAGACAAAGAAGCAAGAAAAAGAGUAUGUACAAACCAUCAAACUAACUGAUAACUUGACAAGAUAUGGUGGAUUGUGGACGACAAUGAAUGAAGUUGAUUUUCAUUUAAGCCAAGCAAAAAAUGAAAACAACGCCACGGAAGCAUUAGUUGGCCAACUUCAGUUUAGGAAACAAAUUCUUAAAAGCUGUGGAUCAAAAGAGCUUUUCCAGAAACAGUAUAAGGGAACAAACUUUUCAGUUGACCAGCUGGAAGAAAAUUUGAAAACUAUAAUUGCUAUAAAUGCAAACCUUGAAAACAAAGAUCCCCAAGAAAACCGACCUAUAACAUACACCAAUAUAGACUCUG